CCCAGCCAGUUUGCGUCACUGCCUCGGCGAGCAGAGAGCCGAGCGAGCUGGGGAGAGCAGACAAGUUUGAAGGGGAGGGCAGAGAGAGUCAGUCGCCCCCGGGGCGCUCCUCUCCCACCGCCCAUCCUACCCCUUUUCACUCUUCUUCCACGGCUUCUCUCUCUCUCUGCCCUUAACUCUCCCCCCCCCCAAAAAAACCCCUUAUUUAGCCAAAGGAAGGAGGUACGGGGAAUCCUCUCCCCUCCCCCCUCCCAAAAAAACCCCCAACUUUUCCAGUCCGGAGAUCGCAGGGGCGCGAGCGAGUAGCCCGCUGGCCAUGGAGCUGCUGUGCGGUGAGGUGGAGCCGGUCCGCAGGGCUGUGCCGGACGCCAACCUGCUCCACGACGACCGCGUGCUGCAGAACUUGCUGACCAUCGAGGAGCGCUACCUGCCCCAGUGCUCCUACUUCAAGUGCGUGCAGAAGGACAUUCAGCCCUACAUGCGCAGGAUGGUGGCCACCUGGAUGUUGGAGGUCUGUGAGGAGCAGAAGUGCGAAGAGGAGGUCUUUCCUCUCGCCAUCAAUUACCUGGACCGCUUCUUGGCCGGAGUCCCAACUCCGAAGACCCAUCUGCAGCUGCUGGGGGCCGUGUGCAUGUUCCUGGCGUCCAAGCUCAAAGAGACCAUCCCGCUGACCGCUGAGAAGUUGUGCAUUUACACCGACAACUCCAUCAAGCCUCAGGAGCUGCUGGAGUGGGAGCUGGUGGUGCUGGGCAAGUUGAAAUGGAACCUGGCGGCUGUCACCCCCCAUGACUUCAUCGAACACAUCCUUCGAAAGCUGCCCCAGCCCGGCGAGAAGCUGUCGCUGAUUCGCAAGCACGCUCAGACCUUCAUCGCUCUGUGCGCCACUGACUUUAAGUUCGCCAUGUACCCGCCAUCGAUGAUUGCAACUGGAAGCGUGGGGGCCGCGAUCUGUGGGCUUCAGCAGGACGAGGACGUGAGCUCACUCACCGGAGACGCCCUGGUGGAUCUCCUGGCAAAGAUCACCAACACCGACGUGGAUUGCCUCAAAGCCUGCCAGGAGCAGAUUGAGGUGGUGCUGCUGAAUAGCCUGCAGCAGUACCGUCAGGACCAGGGCGACGGAUCCAAGUCGGAGGAUGAGCUGGACCAAGCCAGCACCCCUACAGAUGUUCGGGAUAUCGACCUGUGAGGAUGUGGGGCGGGCCAAAUGGGAGGGGUGCGUCCAAUCUGCUCUCUCCUUCUCUCUGGUUGUAUUUGGCUCUCUUACGUUUUAGGAUGAAACUUAAAAAAAAAAAAUUCUGCCCCCACCUAGAUUCUAUUGAAAGAUCUUUUAGAAGUGAGAGAUAAAGGUCCUAUAAAAACGAAAUCAUUACAAGCAUUUGGUGCCUAUUUGAAGUACAACAGAAGGGAAUCCCUUAUAUAUGCCAACAGUUACUGUUUGAUGUUAAAAGUCAUAGUAACAUGCUUACAGGAAAACCUGCAGAGUAGCUAGAGAAAAAUAUACGCCUGCACUAUGGGAACAAGUUAGAGACUUUUUUUUUUUCCAUGUUAUGAACUAGCACGUAUGUACCCCUGUUAGGAUAAUUUGGAAGAACUGCGGAUGCCAUGUAUGGCAGGAUUGGAUUGCGAAGCAAUGAACUUGAGAAGGAACUAGAAAUAAAGGAGGGACAGGAUGGGGAGGGAGUGACGAAUAAUCUCAGCGCAAUAGAACCAUUUUGGAUGGAGAAGCGCCCGACUCCCAACCAACUGUUGCUAAGUCAGGACCGAUGCUGGGUCUCUAGUGACAAGUCUUGCUGUCUACAGUAGCUGCUACCUAAAAAGAGAUGUUCUGUUUUGCCCGUUGGACACAGGUGAUUGGAUCCUGGGUUUCUCAUGUUUUUCGAUACCUUGCUUCUUCUUCCAAACUUGGUUCAUUGCAGAUACCACCCCAUUUUUAUCUUAAAGGGGCAAUCUAGCUAUAGGCCAUCCCACAAACUCCGUGAAAUGGAGGUAGAUGGAGCCCCAGGGUGGGAUCUGGAACUUUUUUUUUUUCCUCCUGAGGUGUUCAAGAGAGUAAUGUGACCUUGGCAUCCCUCAUUAGGAAAAAAAAAAAUAAAUAAACUAAUUUUUUUUGGUGCUGAUUUGGGCAUGUCCGGUCCACAGGUGAGCGUUGGUAUAAACCAUUCCAUUCGAAAAGCACUUUGAAAAAUUGUUCCCGAGGGGGUAGAUGGAUUGGUUUAUGCAAAUCAUACAGACUAGAGGCCUCCUUCCUCCUCCUGUGUCCCCUCCCCUCUUGCCCCCCGGUCAGGUUGCUGUCCUGUAUCCAACACUCUCUGGGUUCCCCUCCAGGGACUCAAGACACAUCCCCUUCCGCUGAAAUCCCUAUGACAACAUUCCUAAAAGCAGAGAUCUGUAACCAUUUUGAUGGCACACAAGGAUCUUAAUUCCCACCUCUAUACUUCGCCUUUGGACAUGGAAAGAAGCAUGAUUGCUGGUGCAAAGACAGACAGCGGGUCAUCCGUGUGGCAUUUUGUUCCCGUUUCCGUUUUGUUUCUUUUGUCGUUGAUUUCAUUGCAAAGUUGCAUUCAGCGUACUUGAACUUUUUUUUUCCUCUCCACGUCUUAGAGGCAUUCAGUUAGCAGAGAGGUUGAAGCACCAACUUUUUUUUUUUUUUUUGCACAAUUAUAAUUGACAGGUAAUGAAGCUAUUAAAAUAUUUGCCUUUUUAAGUAAAAAAAAAAA